UUGGGUUGUGGUUUGGGGUUUUGGUUUUUUUUUGUUUGUUUGUUUGUUUGUUUUUUCCUGUAGUUGUUUGGUUGGGGUUUUUGAUGCUGUUUUUGUGGGGUUUGGUUUUGGUUUUUGAGUUUUGGGUUGGUUUGGCGUUUUUGUUCUAACGAAGUGCAGAAGGCUGUGUACACGCGGACUACAUCCCCCAGCGUGCACCGCGGCGUUCCGUGCCGUUCCGCCUUCCAUUGGUCCUGCGCAGCCGCGUGUCCGUUCCCGCGUGGUUCUAAAGCCGCGAGUUGGGCCGGGGCCGUUGUUCGGAGCGUGAUUGGCUGGGGGCGCCAGGCGUGGAGGACGGAGCUUGGCGGCGCGGCCAUGAUGGCGGGCGGCGCCGGCCGGGAGGGUCUCGGGGCGGGGGGGCGAGACCCAGACCCGGCUUCGACUCCGACGUGGGCUCUGACGCUGACCCCAGCACCGACCCCGGCCUCGACACCCUCUUUGUCUCUGGCCUCGGAGUCUCUCCAACCCCUGCAGGACCUGACCGGCGACGGAGGGGUGCGCAAGGAGCAGCUGCGCCCCGGCACCGGGCAGCCCGUGCCCCCAUCCGCCUCCGUGGCAGUGAAGUACUCUGGGUACCUAGGAAAUUGGAAUAAGCUCUUCUGUUCAAAUGGGAACAGCAAGUAUCCAAGGCUGAUGAAACUUGGAAAAGACAUCACCCUGUGGGGACUGGAGAUCGGGCUGCUGUCCAUGACCAAAGGAGAGGCUGCGCUCUUCGUCCUCACUCCGGAAUAUGCCUAUGGCCAGCGGGGCUGUCCUCCCUCCAUCCCCCCAAACACCACGGUCCUCUUCAAGGUGGAGGUGUUGGACUUCAUAGACUCAGAGGAGUGUGACGCCUUCUUUGAGUUGACUUAUGAUCAGCGGGAUAGACUUCCUUUAGAAAAAGUGUUGAAAGUGGCAGCCACAGAGAGAGAGUUUGGCAACUACUUCUUCUAUAAACAGCGCUUCAAGAUUGCCAAAGACAGAUACAAGAGGGCGCUCUCCAUCCUGGGUCUCAGCUCUUCCAGUAAGGCAGAGCAGAGCCAGAUCAACGCUUCCAAACUGCUGCUGUUCCUGAAUCUCUCACUCACUUACCUCAAACUGGAACGUGCUGACCGAGCUUUGAAGUACGGGGAGUUGGCCUUGGAGAUGGACCAAGGAAAUGCCAAAGCGCUGUUCAGGUGUGGCCAGGCUUGUCUCUACAUGAGGGAGUACAGCAAAUCCCGGGAUUUCCUGGCCAGAGCUCAGUGCAUCCAGCCCUUCAACCGUGAUAUCAACAAUGAGCUGAAGAAGUUAGCAAGAUACUACAAGGAGUACAUGGAAAUGGAAAAAGAAAUGUGCUGCCAGAUGUUUGACCCUCUCAAUUCUUAUGGCUGAGAAGAAAUCAAGGUUCGGGAUGGUAGUGCAUGUCAUCAGCAUUCAGGGCCUUUGGAGUCAAGACUUGUGACAGACCUCUGGAGAAUUCCUGCUGCCACAGAGUGUCUCUCUAGCAUACAUGCAGCUCUUGGAACUCACUAUGGAUCUUUUGCAGAGCUGAUCAUCUUGGUAAAUUGACUUGGAAAAAAAGUCCUGAGGAAAAAAAUGUGUGUAAGUGCAGAUCUUGAGAUGGCAGUUGACAUUUAUGUGGCUUGGCUCUAGGAAAGAGGAGCAGCAUGUCUGUUCCUUCCACUUUCAUCUGUGGAUUUAGGCAUCUGUGAUGGGGCUCUGACUUUGGAUGUGGGAAGGGUGAGUAUCUUUGCUUGUGUGCUGCCAUGCUCUGAGAAUAUAUCCACAGCCACCUCAACCAUUGGAGUGGCUGCUUGAAGUCCUCGCAGCUGGACAUCCCUAAAGAGCACUUACAGAGAAAAGAGGAGGGCAUGGCUGACUGUAGAGCUACUUCUACAGAGAGCAUAUCAAUGGUCCCUUAUUGGGGAGUUUUCUCCCUAAGGUAUGUCAGCUGCUCAGAGAAAGCUCCCUGGGAUGGCAAUGCCUCAUGCCCAGAUAAAUCAGGACAGGCUGGUGUUGUAAAUAGCUGUUCCUCUCCUGGUGUCAGGGUGGAUUGCCCAGCACAUAAUGUUAUCAGCUGCUGAGAGCACCCUGAUGCUGCUGGAAUUUCAUCUCAGCACUCCAGAGCACUGCAGUGUCAGGAACCCCUUGUGGAGUCCAUGAGACUGUUCCCUCCUGUUCGCAGCGGUUUUUCUCCAGAGUGUCAGUGCCUGUGGACUGAGUGAAGAGCCCUUCUCAGGCAGUUGCUGUUCACGGUUUUGGCUCUUUGCCGAUGUGUGCACAUAACAUCUGCUUUCCCAGGCAGGCUCAGGUGGAACUGUGUUAGGAUGUGCUUUAUCCUUCUGGCUACUGAGUCACAACUUCCCUUCCUCUCUUCUCCAUGCUCAGUUGUGAAUCUGAACAGAAGCAUUGAAGAGAUGUUCUGUUUCCCCUAAGAGAGGAGGGUGUAUUUCUCUGAAUAUCCUUUGAGGUCAAUUUUCUGAGAUGGGAAAGCUUUCCAGAUUGCCACCAUCAACCUGAUUUCUUGCCUUGAGGCGCAUUCUUCUCACUGAGGCUUGUCCCAGUGCAACACUCUGGGAGCUACUGCCUCAAGGCAUGGGGGCAGUGAGGGCUGAACUGGCAGGAGCAAUGUUUAAGUGCACAAUUCUGAGUUUUCCAGUUUCCUCAUGUUUUGACAGGAACUUUAUCUGCUGUGUUUGGUGCCUCCCUACAGCCCUUCUAGAGAUGGAGGCAGAAAAGGGGGAGCUGGGGAAGAUGCACCUGCAGUUUUUUAUGCAGAAAAUCAGCUUAAACAAAUACUAGAGUCUUAGUUAAGCAUUAACUGUUAAUUGUGGCUUUAAUGCAGGGUAAAGGUGAUAUAAUUAUAUCAUAAUUAUGAUUAUAAAUGACCCGUGACCUGGUGUGUUGCUCCCUAUGAAUUGAUGAUCAGCUUUGCACUUCCAAAGGAUGAGUUAAAAUAGCAGAGACCAACAGGCUUGUGUGUGACCUUUGAAAUAUGAAUGUGCCUUGCUGCAUUUCAUGGCUGAGUUGCUGCCUACCUGCUGUAGUGAAGGAAACAAACCUUGGAGCAGGACUCUGGUUGGAGUGUGCUGUUCUCCUCCAUUCAGGGGCAGCACUGGUGUUGAACCCUAUGUAGCUGCUGUGUCUACAGGGUCCUGUGAUUCCCCUCCACUUCUCUUCUGAUUGUGGAGCCAUUUGGUGGAAAUGAAAGAGAUUUAAAUGAUCAAACAGUCCCUGAAAUGGCUUUAGGAUUUCAGUUUGAAUGUUUUUUUAAUUAGCUGCAUGUAAAGACUUUAUUACUUCAAAUAGCAGCCAUGAAACCAAAAACCUCUUGGUCUGAUCCUUUCUUUUCCUGGUGUACAAGGAGCCUCAGUUAGCUGUAGGCUUGUUCCAAAUUAGACACCCCAAACCCCAGCUAACAGCUGGUGGGACCACCCAGUGAUCAGUUUUGAAGUUUUCCUGUUGGGAACAUGUGAAGGAACUGCUGUGUGGGGUUGGGAUUAGACUGACAAGGAGCAGAGUGGAAGUCAGUUGUAUUUUAGGAGGAGCAAGAGUGCUUUAGUUUAACAAUGCAGAGAGCACUAGCACAUCAAAAAUAAGGAUUCCUUUUUCCCACUUGAAGCCUUUCUUUCCUUCUCUUGGUUGAAAGAACUUUCUGCUGUGAACUGGAGAAAUUAUUUAAGUGUUCCUCUCUCUGAUUAAUUUUCAAAGAGGAGAUCAGCUGAAGUGUCCUUCAGUCAUUUUCCUUCUUUAUGGACUUCCUUUCCCCUUUUCCUGGAAAGUGCUGCCAGCCUGGACUGACAACUGAUAUCUUGUGUGUAAGGAACCUUUGGAAGGUUUGGCAGUACAAGGGGGACUGUUAAACAAGGCUGUAGUUGGUGAGUCCACCAGCUCCCAGUUUGUGGUAGGCUGGAAGUCUUGGUCCUGUGUAUUAAGAGUUCCUCAGCUCAUUUGUGCUUUUAUUAUCCUUAACUCUAAAUUGGGGACAGCCCUUGUAAGAGGCACAUUGUGCUGACUCAGACCCAGUUUUCUGGCAGCGUGACCCUUGGUCAUGGGUUCUGUGUGGCUCUGAGCCCAGGGACUGAUGAUCCCACUGCUUCACGGUCAUCAGACGGAGAUGAGUCAUUGAGGGUGGGCUGGAGAGUCUUGAUGUUCCUCAAAGCCCCAGUUAUCCCAUGGUCCUGUGGUGCCUCUCAAGGAUGUAUAAUGAAUGAGGUGUGGAUUUUGAGCAUCAUGUGAUAUUUCAUCUUCUCCUCGUUUUGUCUGUAAAGAAGCUAUUUUCCUCACAGUUCCUGGAGGUUUUUUUGCCUCCUGGUUAGCAGCCUGUAACUCAAUAUUCUCUAAGGAACAGGCUUUCCUAUUUUGCUACCAGUAAUUUGAUUUACAUGUGCUGGAAUGCCGCUGCAGCUGAGCUGGCUGAGUCAGCUGUGGUGACAUGCAGAUGCUGAAGAGUAUAAAAAUGGGUUUGAGCUCCUGGUAUUCCUGAGCUGUGAGCAGGUCAUGCACCUUUUGGAUGGGAUCCUUUGAUACUCAGAGCUUCUGUAGAAGACAGAUGGGUUGUUCUGGGGAAAGGUUUCUAAGGAUUUUCUUGGGUUUUUCAUUUAUUCUAUUUUUCCUUCUGCUGGUAAUCCUAUGGAUGAGAGAGGGACAAGACUUUUGUUCCAACAGUAUGUUGAUGUCUUUUGUGCUCACAAAUUGGGAAAAUACUUCCAGUAGGAGUUUUUCUGUGUUGGUAUUUGAGAGGAGCCACUUGCAGCUACAUCAAGAACAGCAGGAUGUGACCUGUGGCACCAGACACAGGGGAAGGUGCUGAUUCUGUCUGAGGACCAGGGAGGGGAAGGUGCUGCUUCUUCAGAAGCAGAGGGAAAGCCCACCUGGGAGAGGCCCUGGAGGAGCAGGUGAGCUUUUGGCAACAAGGUCAGUGAAGCCAUUAGAAGGUGAGGUCGGUGAGCCAAGUCCUGAUCAGCAAUCAGAGAGGUUCCCCUUCCAAAUUUAGAGCUGAGGAGGGAGCAAUCACCAGUUAAAAACAGUCCUAGUUCUUAUCCAGGCCAAGCUGAUGCUGCACCAAGAUAUGAAUUUCCUUCUGGUUACCCUAAAGAAGGGGAGGUAUGGGUGGAGGCCGAGAUGAAAUAAAGAGGUUUUGCUGUCAUUUCCCUUGCCAGGGCUUCAAGACUGUCAAGGACCCAACUGUGAGUGAUGGGGUAAGGUCAACAGUUGCACAAAGUGCUGGGGGUGCUCUGUGAUCCAUUGCUGGGACACAGCCAGGUGGCCAAGCCUUCCAGUGCUCCUGUCCUGCAGCAGGAAGGGGCUGGGAGCAGGGAAAUACGGGGAGAAACAAUAGAAAUCUGGGUUGAGGAGAAAUUCCUGUGUGUCAUACAAGAUUCCCCUUUCUUCCAAAGGCAGAGUAAGUAUCCAGGCUUCAAUUUCCCCGAACCAGGAAAAAUGCAAGCGAUGGGAAGAAUGGAUGACCCUGUGUAGGAACAGAAGUGGCCCAAGGAGUGCUCUGGGGGUUUCCCUGAGGGGGCCUGGCUGGUUUUUAGUUCUUGUCACUUAAUCCUCUGUUUUCUCCAAGUCUUUCAUGAGGAAGUUGAAUGGAUUUUAAGGGGAUUUUGCUGUGUUUGUUCCACAUAUGCUAAUCUGUGGAAUUCUAGGUGUUUAUUUCAGGGCCACUGGAGGUGUGUGCUGGUAACCAUGAAUCAUUGAGGGCUGAAAUUCAAUAAACUGCAGGUGAUGCUGGGGAAACACUGACUGUGAUACUUUGUCAUCCUAGGACUGUUGCAGCUGUCCACCUUUUGGCACAUGGAGAUCUCAGCAUCACAUACAAGUUUUGGAAAACGGGGCAGGAGCACUUACUUCAAGAGACUGAAGUGAAGGUUCAGGGUUUAUACACAACCUGAUUUUCCUGAAGUUUGGUUUGUUUGCUAUGUUUUGAGGCAGUUUCCAGAAUAAUUAAAUCUGUGCUGUUGGAGAGAGGAAUGGGUCUAUGUAAAUUCCUUCUCUUUUCCCAUACACACUGUUUGAAGAAAACUCUUUCCUGAUGUCCUGCCUCUUGCUGAUAGAUGCCAGGCUGCUUUCAGGGAAUUUGUAAAUGGGAGGAGGAUGCCAUGAAGUUUUCUAUUUACACAGGUUGUUCUUAAAAAAUAUGUUUGGUAUUUUUGUU